AUGCACUCCAGUUUGGCUGCCAAUAUUUCCCCAGCCCGCAUUGACGACGACGCGGUCUACCACCCUCAUAGAGCCACAUGGGUCGAGUUUCAGCAGCCUUGGUCGGCCUUUACCUACACCAAGCUCAUCCGACCCCACAAGUUCCCGAUCCCAGGAGUCAAGCCGAGGCACUUCGAUCUCUCGUGCCCAGACGUGCCUGCAGGUUUCGACCCCGAUGCGGUGCCUACCCAGGAGCUCCUGGACGACACCUGGGAGGCUUUCUGCCACGCCGCCGAGGAGGAGCUGAUCCAGAAGGUGGGUUUGGACCCCAGCAGUCGGCAAGCCGAUCAAUGCCGAGGGCGUGGGGGGCCACCGCGCUUCAGGAAGUGCCCGUUGCUCCCGACCCACACCGAGGCCAUCGCUUCGUACGGGGAGGCCAAGCGUUGGAGGUGGUUUGCCAACGAGUUGGCUUGGCUGGGCAUCAUUGAAGUAAAGCUUUUCAGCUACACGGGCGCUUCCGGCCUGGUCCUCACCACGUUGCACCAGCAGCGGCACGCCUCCAUCCGCAAGUUGCGUGACCGCUUCAGGCACCACAUGCUGUUAGAAGGCGUGGCUGAGCUGCAGGAGUUCUUCGAGGUUUUCACGUCUCGGGACCGCGGUUAUGAAGACUUGCAGGAGCUCUCGGCUUGGCGCCUCAGCUGCAGUCAGUAUGCCUCGUACUUGGAGUGGCAGAUCGGCAAGGAACGACGAGAUUCCUUCAAGCAGCGGUUGGAGGACGACUUCCCAGGCUCGCAGGGGCUCCUCCACAGGGUCACCAAGUGGCGCCAGGCUUGGCAGGCUCCCAAGGGCAGCAUCUCCAAGAAGCUGCUCCCAGCGGCGCCUCAGGCCGCCGUGGACCAGGAGUUGCACGACUGGUCGAAGGUCUGGACCACUGGCUCAGGUUUCCCCAAGCCGUGGAGGGGCCUCCAGCAAGUCGCCGUCACGCCGCCCAGCCCUCACCACCUGCGCGGUUUGGCCCAGCGUUUCAGGGCCAAGACGGGGAUUGGCGUGGACGGAUGGCAACCCAAGCUUUGGGCCUACCUCACGGACGGCACGCUCUCGGUGCUCGCGUCAUUGCUGGCCUGGUGCCAACAACUGGGGCGGUGGCCGUCCCAGGUCCACCUCCUGCUCGUUUUCAUCAUCGGGAAGCUCGAUGGAGGGGGCCGACCCAUCAUUCUUCUACCUGGCCCUUGCCGAAUCUGGGAGGCGUGGCAGCUGCCCACCAUCAGGAGCUGGUUGGCGGCGCACCCCAGGAGCUACGACUACACGGCGGCGGGCCAAUCAUCGGAGCGUGCGCUGUGGAAAGCUUUGUUGGACGACGAGCUCGUGUUGGGCACAGGCAUUCGUGCGGCCACGAUGCUGGCGGACCUCGCCAAGUGUUAUGAGAAGGUUCCGCAUGAGCGUAUGUGGUGGCUAGCAGCUUGGUGGGAAGGCCCGCUGGAGGUGGUCGCGCUCGCCCUGGAAAGUUUCGCCCUUGGCCGUGUCAUUCGUCUCGGGGAGGCCUGCUCGGCGGAGGUCCUGUCCUCCACAGCGCUCCCAGCGGGCAGCCGUUUCGCGCCCACCUUCCUAAGGUUCUACCUCACGCUGUGCUUAGACGACCUGCUGGGGGUUUUCCGCUUCACGAUCUACUUGUACGUUGAUGACAUCGCCCUGCGGGUCAUGUCCACCGAGGCGCGCGUCUUGCACAUGCUGCCGCAGGCCACGCGCUUGCUGUUUUGGAUGCCGGAGUCCUUCUUGGGCCUGGAGGUAGCCCGAGCGCGGGACGGGGCGAGAGGCAAGUGCUCUUUCCUGCAAACGGCCACUCCGUCUUCAGGCUUGACGCAGGCCAUGGCCGUCCUGGGAGUACCGCCCAGCACCUCCGAGCGGUGGCUCGGCAUCGACUACGGUCCCAGCGUCAAGACAGAGAACCAGUCAGCCCCAGUCAGACACGCGCGGCUCAAGAUAGCCAAGCAGCGUUGGCCUAAGAUCCGCGGCCUUCCUCGUGCACGCGGGGGCAAGCUCAAGAUGGUCGUGCGGCAGGGCCUCGGAGCCUCGGUCGCCUACGGCGCCCGUGUCCGCGGCACGCCCAGGCCCAUCGUGCGUUUCAUCCAGCAGAAGGAUCGGGCCGUCCGCAGGGGCGCCACAGCUUUUACCUCCCGAGUCUUGCACGACGGCCUCGACCCCAGUUGCGCCGACACCCUCGUUCUGGCACCGCUGCUGGCUUGGGCGAGGGAAGCUUGGGACCACCCAGAGGGGCGGCGUGCGCAGGCCACAGCAUGGGCCCGAGUGCAGCAACAGCUCGCGCUGUACAUGGACGCCGACGCUCAGGAGUUGUGGUCAGUGGUGCGCGGCCCAGCGGGGGCCACUUCAGUCACAGUUCGAGCCCAUGGUUGGAGCAUGCCGUCAGCCUUCGAGAUUGUCUUGCCUCCACGUGGCGGGGUGCUCCAAGGAGGGGACGUCCAUCUUGAUCUACUGCAGAUUUGCCCCAAGUCGGUCGAGGCCGCCGUGCUUUUGGCCGCCCGUUCCAGAGCCCUGUGCCAGUGGGCGGCGGCUCAGCCCGAGCGGGCUGCGCUCCUGCCAGCGCCGUGGCUCACCCCAGCGAGGCAGUUGGUCAAGCGGCGCAAGCAGGACGGGUGGCUGCAACACCAUGCCGACGCGGUCAAGAAGGCGGUGUUGGGCGGUUUCCCUUCGCAGGAGGCCCUUUUCUCUUCGGGCCAGGCGGACACUCCGUAUUGCCAGCUUUGCGACGACACGACCUGUUUCGGCACCCACCAGCACUAUUACUGGCGGUGCGGCAGCCCGACGUGUGCUACGGUGAGGGAGCAGCUGACGGCCCACGACGCGUCACCUACCUUCAGAGACGUCGGCCACCUGGGCGUGUCGGCCUCCUCGUCGGAAGCUUCAAGAUGGUUGUGGGGGCGGGGUUUGCGGCGGACCCCAUGUUACGGCUUGGCUUGGAGUCUACCGUCGCAGCGCACCCAUUGGAUCGUCAAUGGCGCGGCCCCCGAGCUCACCGAUGUGCUGGUUUCGGACGGAUCAGUCAAAGGCUUGGAUGACCUCAGGCACGGCGGCUGGGCGGCUUUGCAGUGCACAGCGGAGGCCGACGACGUGGUGCAGGGCCUGUACGGCCCACUGCCCUUUCCCGACCCCAGCUCGGUCCUGGCAGAGUUGUGGGGUCUCCUCCACGCCCUCAGGCAUUCGGUCUUCAUCACGGCCAUCAUCAUUGACAAUGCUCAGGUGGUCCAAGGCUUGGCUCGUGGCAGGGCAUGGUGUUGUUCAGCGGCCAGGCCCUAUGCGCACGUCUGGCUCGAGAUCUGGGAUCGCCUGGAUGACAUGGACAUCCUUCCUGGCAGAGAGUUGUCGGUCAUCAAAGUCGCCUCGCACAUAUCGCAGGCCAAACGCCUAGAGCUGCCAGAGGAGGUCCAGAUUCACAUGAGGCACAAUGACUUAGCCGACGAAUGGGCCAAGCAAGGAGCAGACCUCAGCGCGCCGCCAGAGUGGGCCACGUUGCAGGUCAAGCAGGAGCUCAAGGCCACCAAGCGCGUGCUCGAGUACAUCGGGCACUUCAGGGUCCUCCUCGACGGGGUCAAGUUGGCGGAGCCUAGGCCCAAACGACAGCAGGGCCAAGAGGCCAACAUUCCUCAGGCUGCACGACCCCAGGCUGGUCCCAGGCACCCGCACGUUCUGGAAGUGUGCCGCGGUUAUUCCAAGUGCACCAACUGCGGCAAGGUUGCCCGCACUCGCCUCGCGGCCUUUCAGUUGCAGGAGUGCCGUGGUCGUCUCCAAGGGCUCCAGGGCAAGUUAGUCAAGAGUGCGGCCAAGAGAGGCAGUGUGGCGGCGCCGCCGCUCGGCCUGUGCGACAGCGAGCAGACCAUGGAGAUCAGGACGGCCUCCUGGCACCAGUGGGUCUUCGAGCCCCUCUCCUCGGAUGACGACCAAGGAGGUGAUGCGGCAGGCCGCGCCGCCGAGGACGCCCAUGGCUACGACGAUACCGACGAGUUCGCGGCCCUCAGCGUGCACAGCGACCUCGAGGUGGUGGAGGCAGACGGCAAGGCCACGCAGGCCACAGGCACCCAGGCGUCAGAGCGCGAGUCGUCGCCCAAUCCCGACCUCGCCCCCGGGGCACUCCAGCCACAGGAGGAGGGAGCUCCAGCGGGAGGGGCGAGGCGGGAGGGUGUUUUGCGGAUCCGCAGUGCGGCAGCCACCUGUUCCCAGGUCGUGGACGACGGUGCUACGGCUGGCGCUGGGGCAGCUCCUGUUCCCACGGUGCCGCCUGCUGCUCAACCCGCUGGCGAGCCUGGAGCUGAUCAGGGCGAGUUGGCCAGCUCCCUGGACGUGGACGGCAAGGCUGCCACCCAGGCAGCGGCCGCUGUGUGCUCCGCCCCCUUGGCGGCACACCAAGCUCGCGCUGGCCAGGGCAGCCUGAAACACGGUGGUAAGGCCCCAAGGACUGGUUCCUCAGCAUCCUCGGCGGCGGCGGCGGGCUCUGGCCAGGGCGGCCUGGCACCGCUGGCGGGGUCCCCGCCGCCCUCGGCUGGGGCUGCGGCGGCCUCGGAGCCAGAGCGGGGUGCGCGCGGGCGGGCGGCCUCUGCCCAGCCCGCCAGGAGUGGCCAGGCGCUGCCUGCGACGGCCAGAGCCGCUUCAUCGGAGCCUCGGCCACAUACGGUCGAGAUCAUUGGCAACUUCGUGGUCUGCGUCGUGUGCGGUUCCUACUACAGCUCGGUGGCCAGGAACCUCGGCGGGCCGCGCAGGCGGCUGGACCCGCGCGACCCAGGCGACAAGGAGCGCCUCAGGGCGAACAUCGGCUUCUACUUGCACGCGCCCUUCCCCUCCGUCAACAGCUUCAUGACGAUCCCGGUGAGGGAGGAGCUGCUGACAGGCAUGCUCGCCUCUGACCUCAUCGGCUUUCAGUUCUUCCCCUACGCUCAAUGGGGUUGGAUGGAUUUCUUCCUCGCAGUGAAGCGCAUUCUCGGGCUGGACCCCCAGUACCAGCCCGGGGGGUACAUGUGCCUGGACUACAACGGGCGCCAGGCCCACGUCAAGGUGUCGCACUUCGUGUACCCCUUCCAGGACACCAAGCAGGUGGUGGACCAGGGCAGCGUUGCCACGAAGGUGGCCGAGGUCACCAAGCUGUUCCUUGGGAGGACCCUGUUCGCCGGCAUGGACCGCUGCGACGGGCUGUCGGGGCUGGUCCCGAAGUUCCGCGCCUUCCGGCGUUUCCUGCUCUCGAAGCCGGAGUACAAGGGGAAGGUGCUGCUCAUCCAGUACCUCUUCGACGACUGGAAUAACGGACAGCUUCUGCAGCAGCUGCAGGCACGCCCGCAGGCGCACCCGGCCCUGGAGCACCGCGUCGCCUACGUAGAGGAGCUCGUGCGCGACGAGCAGGCGCAGCUCGUGCAGUUCAGUUCGGACAUCAACGCCGCGUUCCGGCACCUCGACGAGGCCCGACUGCCCGACCUCGAGGCAAGCGCGGCGCAGCAGCAGGAGGAGCUGCGGCAGCUGCGUGCGCAGCAGCAGCAGCUGCUCGAGGGCCUGGCGCCUGCGGCGCUGCGCUCGGAGCAGCUGGCCGCCGAGCUCGCGGCGCUGCGCGCUGAGCACACCGCGCUGCGGCGCGAGCACGAGGCGCUGCGCUCGGAGCACGGGGCGCUGCGCGACUGCCUCCUCGGCUGGGCGCCGCUCGCGUCCGAGGCUGCACCGCUCUGCUCCCUGCGGCGAGCCGUCGGGGCCGCCGGCGACCGCGGCGCUUGCCUGGCGCGGCUGGCGGCGGGCUGCCGCGCGCUGCGGGGGUGUGCGCGCCGCGCGGCCGAGGGCGGCGCGGGCCGCGACCUGGACGAGGCGGUGUGGGACGCGGUGCCGGCGUUCGAGCCCAGCGAGGCGGUCCUGGAGAGGUGGUCCAGCAGCGACACCGUGCAGGGCGUCCUGCCAGGUGUGCGGGCGAAGGCCGUCGUCGGCCUCUCCGACACCCUCAGCUUCGGGGACGUGCACGCGGUGCUGCAGCAGCUCGGGGUGCAGCUGGACCACUUCGUGGACACCUUCGCCCGCAUGCCGAGCGCCGCGGGCGGCCGCGACGAGAGGGAGCUGAUGGGCAUGGCGGACAGCAUCCUCAGGAGGUUCGCCUCCGAGGGGCGCGGGGCAGACGAGGGCGUGAGCGGCACGCCCGCUGGGCAGCGCGGCACGCUGAGCUGCCGAGACCUGUUCCGGCUGCUGGAGGUCGUGGGCGUCUCUCUCAAGAGGUUCAAGGCGAUGGUGACCGGGGUCGAGGAGCUGGAGGACGAGGCGAGCCCCUCGUUCGUGCAGGUGGGCAGCUACAACCUGCUGCGGCAGCUGGGCUCGGGCUCCAAGGGCGUGUGCUGCUGGCUGGGGGAGCACGCCGUCAGCGAGGCGAAGGUGGCCAUCAAGUGGCCCGUGAAGGCCGCGGAGAUGGAGGUGCUCCGGGACCUCGGACGGCACGACGCUUGUGGCGCGCCUCGCAUGCUGGGCGCGCCCCGGCUGCUGGACUCGGGCGUGCACGGCGGCAAGGAGUACGUCGCCAUGGAGCUGCUCGGCUCGACGCUCUCCAAGGUGUUUCAGGGCCUGGCGGCGCGGUCGUUCCGGCACCGGUGGCGCGGCGUCUGCGCGAUCGGCAGGAUGCUGGUGCGCCGCUUCCAGGCGCUGCACGCCCGCGGGUACGUCCACUGCGACGUCUCUCCAGACAACGUCCUCGUCGGCCUAGCGGAGGUGCCCUCCGGGGGGGGGGGGAUCCGGCGCCCGCCGAGCUGUACCUGGUCGACUUCGACACACGCGGCGGCACCCCGGCGGCGCGGCCCUGGAGCCCGGCGUCGGCAGCGCGGAGUGGGGCUCCGUGCGCUCGGCCAGCGGCGGGGCGCCGCUGCCGGAGGACGACCUAGAGGCCUUGGGGUGGGUGCUGCUCCACGGGCUGUUCGGCUCCCUGCCGUGGAACGCGUGGCUGCAGGUCGCCUACAGGCACGGGGACUCCAACCUGACCAGGCACCAGGUGAACCGGCAGGUGCGGCUGGCCAAGAUGCACUCCUCGGCGGCCAGGGCGCUGCGCUCGAGCGCCACUGGGGGCGCCCUGCCCAGGGCAUCCCCGGCGAGCUGCUCCGCUACCUCCGCGCCUGUGGCGUGGAGGCCGCCGAGGCCGGGAGGCCCUGGGGGGCGGCCUCGGGCCGUGGGCUCCUCCUCGAGCUGCUCGGCGGGGGCCCGGGCGCGGCCGGCGCGGAGGCGGACCGCUCGGACGCGCGGCUCCUGGCGCAGGCCCUCGCCCCGACGCGCUGA